AAAUUUAUAACCUUUGCAAGUUUUUAUUUUUGGGAAUUCAAAUUGAAAAAAUUGAAAAAUUUAUUUCAGGCGUUCCCGAUGCUGACGAGCUGGAGGAUCCGGGAUCGAGAGUCGGUUUCUCGGUGAGGACUGCUCAGCUCCAGGAUGGACCCCAGGAAGAUGCUCGCGUUUUGCAUCGCCGCUGCUAUUGGGGUUCUCGCGGUUCAAACUGGCCAGGAGACUAUCAGGGACCGAUAUUUAGCUCACUACAGUACGCCUUCCGCGGGUUCGCAGGAUUUCGAUAAUCACUCCCACACUAAUCCACCAGCUGGACCUAAUAUAUGUAGAUCGAGAUAUCGGACUUAUUGCUGUCCUGGUUGGUCUAGGAAGCCAGAUACUGGUCUUUGCAUCAUUCCAAUAUGUGCGCGCCGUUGCGGUAAUGGAAGAUGUAUUCGACCAAACGUUUGUCUCUGUGACGGAGGGUCAGUAUCAGCAUCUUGCAACAGCAUAACCAGCAGCAUCCCAUCAGUUUCAUCUCAAGGCUUCUCUUCCUCCCCGAGCCGAGGACAUGAACCGAGAGAGCGACAAGAAGAUCACAGGGGUCUGCAGACGCGGAACGGUGGAACCUGCAGAGCGCGAUGCAUCAAUGGAAAUUGCGUUGACGGGAGGUGUCAGUGCAGAGCUGGGUUUGAAGGAGAAUUUUGUAAUGAACCAAUUUGCCGAGAGCCAUGUUUGAACCAAGGAAGAUGCAUCGGGCCCGAUCGCUGCGCGUGUAUCUAUGGGUACACCGGAAGACGCUGCGAAACAGACUACCGAACAGGCCCCUGCUACACCAAAGUCAAAAAUGGGCAGUGUCUUGUCCAUCUUCAGGGGGUAGUUUGCACGCGACAAAUGUGCUGCGCUACUGUCGGCAAAGGAUGGGGCCAUCCUUGCGAGAGGUGUCCUGCGAGACUUGACUGCGAAGUCGGGCAUCUCAAAAAUAAUCAAGGACAAUGCUUAGAUAUUAAUGAGUGCGAAGCAAUUCCUGGGCUUUGCGCGGGUGGAAAGUGUGUGAAUACUCCAGGAUCAUUCACUUGCGAGUGUCCAGAAGGCCAGGCAAGAGAUUUGGAGACCAAUGAGUGUACGGAUAAAAACGAAUGCGAGGAAGAAGGGAUUUGCAGCGAUGGAAAAUGCAUUAAUACUGAACGCGGGUAUUAUUGCGUUUGUAAUCCUGGAUUUAUUCAGAGUCAGGAUAGACGAUUUUGUAUAGAUGGACGUCAAGGUCUUUGUUACACGGCAGUAAAUCGAAAUGGACAGUGUAAAAACCGCUUGGAAAUCCGGCUGAGUAAAAAAGAUUGCUGUUGUGGUAAAAAUAUGGGUCGUGGUUGGGGUGACGAGUGUUACAAAUGUCCUCUUGUCGGAACAAAUGAACAUCACAAGCUCUGCUCAGAAGCUCCAAGCAUCGCGAUAAAUGAAUGCGUCCUCCGACCGGAUAUCUGCGGGGGAGGAAAAUGUAUCGACACCCCCGAUGGCUACGAAUGCGAGUGUCUUCCAGGAUAUGUAAAAUUAAAUGGCAGAUGCGAGGACGUAGACGAGUGCCAGCAAGACUAUUGUCAGGGCGGAACGUGUCAGAAUUUGCCUGGAAGUUUUCUUUGUCACUGUCCUACGGGAUUUGUUGUUUCUGGAGAAGGAAGAUAUUGCAGCGACCACGAUGAAUGUCAAGAUACAGGAAUGUGUACGAAUGGUCACUGCACAAAUAUGAACGGUUCAUUCAAAUGUAAAUGUAACGACGGCUACGUUCUUUCGUCGUCCAAGAACACGUGUAUCGACAUCAACGAGUGUUCAGAAAAUCCAAGAAUUUGUUUAAAUGGAAGAUGCGAAAACACGCCUGGUUCCUAUCACUGCGUCUGUCAAUCGGGAUUCACACCAUCAAGGGACAACACUUUUUGCGUUGACAUGGACGAGUGUUCGACCACCGGGAUGUGCGACAACGGAAAGUGUGUUAAUAUGGAGGGAUCUUUCAAGUGCGUUUGUGAUUCUGGGUUUAGAUUGGGACCCGACCAAAGUCACUGCAUAGAUAUUGACGAGUGUCUGAGCUCGCCGUGUCAAAACGGCCGAUGCAAAAACACGCCUGGAAGUUUCAGGUGCGAAUGUAACCCUGGUUUCAACCUGGGACCGGAUGGUAGAUCAUGUUUAGAUACCCGGCGAGAUUUAUGUUACUCGCAGUACAAAGAUGGCCAGUGUUUGAAUCCGACGUCUACGGCUGUGACUAAAUCUAGUUGUUGCUGCUGUACUGUCAUUUUAGGACAACCUCUAGGAUGGGGAAGUAACUGCCAGCCUUGUCCGAUGCCUAGGACUCCAGAGUUUGAGUCUUUGUGUCCUCAUGGUGCCGGAAUGACUUACAAUGGAGAUGACAUAAACGAAUGCGCUCAAAACCCAAACAUAUGUCUCAAUGGUGGAUGUGAGAAUCUCAUGGGCACUUACCGUUGCAUUUGCGACAACGGCUACCAAUUAGACGCGACCGGGAAGCUAUGCAGUGACAUAAACGAAUGCGAAUUAGAAAGCUCGCUGUGCUCAGGCGGUCAGUGCAGAAACACCCCAGGAAGUUUCCAGUGUGUAUGCCCAACUGGUACCCGGUUCAACACACAAAAUCAGAUGUGUGAAGAUGUCGACGAGUGCGAAGAACUUGGUGCUGAUGUUUGUAUCAAUGGAAUCUGCAUAAAUACUAAAGGCUCUUAUCAGUGCGAAUGUACUAAUGGGUAUAUUCUUGAUAAUACGGGUCAUAUUUGUAUGGACAAUCGAAGAGGCUCUUGUUGGACAAAAAUGGUCGACGGAAGAUGUGAAAAUAAUUUCCCCAGACUAGCACUGAAAUCCGAGUGCUGUUGCUCGGUCGGAGUCGCUUGGGGAAGUCCUUGCGAGGCUUGUGACUAUUCCUUGUGUGACUGUUCUAAAGGAUACGCGAAAGUUGACGGAAAAGCUUGCGCUGACAUCAACGAAUGCGAGUUGAACAGUGGAAUUUGUAAAGGAGGUGGCACCUGCGUCAAUACUGAUGGAUCUUAUCGCUGCGAAUGUCCUCCAGGACUUACUCUGGACCCUACUCACUCAGCUUGCAUCGACACUAGACAAGAAACCUGUUACAUGGACUACCGCCACGGCCAAUGCACGUCUCCAAUAGAGGGUCAAUUUUCAAAGAGUAUCUGCUGCUGCUCUGUGGGUCGAGCGUGGGGCAACGACAAGUGCGAGCUGUGUCCCAAACAAGGCACUCAGCAGCACGCAGAAUUGUGUCCGAAAGGAGAGGGCUUCACCGACAGACAGGACAUCAACGAAUGCGUAGAGUUCCCUGGGAUGUGUUUGAACGGAAGGUGCAAGAACUCCAUCGGGUCUUACAGUUGUCGCUGUAACCAGGGCUACGCUCUGGACGAAAACGGGCUCAAGUGCAACGACAUCGACGAGUGCGAGAUCAUGCGCGGAGUCUGCGGGAAUGGAACCUGCGUCAACACUCCAGGAACUUUUCAGUGCGACUGCAACGAGGGAUUUCUUAGCAGCGAGAUCAUGAAGAUCUGCAUGGACAUCAACGAGUGUGAAGAAACUCCCGGGCUGUGCCGUGGUGGGACUUGCAGGAAUAUUGAAGGAGGCUUCAAGUGCAUCUGUCCUCCAGGUCACGAGUUGAGUCCAGACAAGCAGUCCUGCAAAGAUAUUGAUGAGUGUUCCAGGACCAGCGGAAUCUGUUCGAACGGCGUCUGCGAAAAUAUGAUGGGAACUUACCAGUGCAUCUGCGACGACGGGUUCAGGCAAACCGGGAUGAAGUCCCACUGCGAAGAUAUCAGUGAGUGCGCUGUCGGCAAUGGCGGCUGCGAAGAUAUUUGUGUCAAUACUCCUGGUAGCUUCUCUUGUGCUUGCAGCGCUGGAUUUGGACUCAAUCUUGAUGGAAGAACUUGCGCGGAUAUUGAUGAGUGCAAAGACAAUCCUAGGAUAUGUAAUGGAGGUCAAUGUUCUAAUUUACGCGGGUCUUAUUCUUGCCAUUGUACUGGAGGGCUUUUGCCUGGAAAAGAUGGAACUUCUUGUAUAGAUGUUGAUGAAUGUGUUACCCAACCGCGAGUUUGUGGUUUUGGAGAGUGCAGAAAUACUAUCGGUUCAUUCGAUUGCCGGUGUGAGGAUGGUUAUUCAGUAAAACCAGACGCUGGACCCGAUUGUACGGAUGACGAUGAGUGUUUACUGAACGCUUAUUCCUGCAGCGAGUUUGCUAAUUGUCGCAACACUCCUGGAUCUUAUGAGUGUACUUGCCACGAUGGGUUCACUGGAAAUGGAAUCGAGUGCAGAGACAUCAAUGAGUGUCUUGUUAAUAACGGCGGGUGUGAUGCUAAUGCUCAGUGUAUAAACACCGAAGGUUCUUUCAAGUGUAUUUGUGACGCUGGAUUUCGCGGAGAUGGCUACUCGUGUCGGGACAUCGACGAGUGCACCAACGACCCCUCGCUGUGUGAAAAUGGACACUGUCUGAACUACCCCGGGUCCUUCAGGUGCGAAUGUGAGAUGGGAUUCAUGCACCCGGAAGAAAAUAAUGAACAAGCUUGUAUUGAUAUAAAUGAGUGUGAGAUGUUUCACAAUUUGUGUGUUUUUGGCAAGUGUGAAAAUAUAUUUGGGAUGUUCCGGUGCGAGUGUGACGAGGGCUACAAGUUGGACGGCUCUGGAGGAAAUUGCACGGAUAUUGAUGAGUGUGAAAGCCCUCAAGCUUGUCAGUAUGGUAAAUGUGUUAACACUCAGGGUAAAUAUCGCUGCGAAUGUCCGCCGAAUCAUGAACUUGUUGAAGCUGGCAAUGCUUGUGUUGACAGACGAGAAUCAUUCUGCUACACCGGUACAGAAAACCUGGGCGGGCGUCCUCAGUGUAUCUUCGACAUGUCAUCAUCAGUAACAAAAGCGACAUGUUGCUGCAGCAUCGGAAGCGCGUGGGGAACUCGUUGCGAGCAGUGCCCUGAAAUCGGUAGCAAAGAAUUCGAAGAACUCUGCCCAGGAGGACUAGGCUACCGCCCGAACAGCAUCACGGUAGUUCUAGAAGACAUAAACGAGUGCGAGGAGCACGAGAACAUCUGCCAGAACGGGCACUGCACCAACACCUUUGGGAGUUUCAUGUGUUCCUGCAACGAAGGGUACAUCCUAGACCCGACCAAGACCAGCUGCACAGACAUCGACGAGUGCGCUCUGCACCCGCAGAUCUGCGGAGUCGGCUACUGCAUAAACGACCAAGGAAAGUACCACUGCGAGUGUCCAGAGGGCUACAUGUCAAUGCCGGGGGGAAAAGAGUGCGUGGACAUGCGAAAAGAGCUCUGCUACAUGAACUACGAAGACAGACAGUGUUUCAACCCGAUGGUCCAUCCCCAGACCAAGAUGCUCUGCUGCUGCUCAAUGGGCGCCGCCUGGGGCUCUCCCUGCGAAAAGUGUCCAGGCGAGCGAACCCGCGAGCACGAGAUCCUCUGCGGAAUGGUCCCCGGGCAGAUAAUGAACCCGAUCACAAAUCACACCGAAGAAAUCGACGAGUGCGCGCUGAUGCCCACUAUGUGCACUCAUGGGCGCUGUUUAAACACCCCCGGGAGCUUCGAGUGCCAGUGCGACAUCGGGUACAUCUACGACGAGGACUCUCACCAGUGCAUCGACGAGAACGAGUGCCAGCAAACUCCAAAUCCUUGCGCAGGAAACGCGCAGUGCGUGAAUUUACAGGGCAGCUUUGAGUGUCGCUGCCCAGCGGGGUACAAAUUAGGAAUUUCACAGCGGAGCUGCAUCGACAUCGACGAGUGCUACGAGCGCCCUGGAAUCUGCUCCAACGGAGUCUGCAAUAAUCUCCAAGGUUCCUUCCAGUGCGUGUGCCACCUGGGCUACGCUCUGACCCGGGACCGGGAUUUCUGCGUAGACAUCGACGAGUGCCAAAGAAACCCCAAUAUCUGCAACAACGGGACCUGCAUCAACACUUUAGGCUCCUACAAAUGUCAGUGCUACGACGGGUACAAGCUUUCUCCAAACAACGACUGCGCAGACAUUGACGAGUGCAGAGUAAUGCCGUUCCUGUGCAGGAACGGCCGCUGCAAGAACUUAGUCGGUUCUUUUAUCUGCGAGUGCGCUGAUGGAUACACUUUAGCGCAAGAUGGCCAGCACUGUCGCGAUAUUGAUGAGUGCCAAGAAAUCCCCGGGCUGUGUCCUUCUCCCGGAAAGUGCCAGAAUUUAAUGGGCUCGUAUAUCUGCAGCUGCCCGCCAGGAUACGAACUGGACAUUUCGAAGAAGAGGUGUGUUGAUGUUGACGAGUGUGUUGAUACGAAGAACAUCUGCGAGAACGGCAAGUGCAUUAACACUGACGGUGGAGUGAUCUGCGAGUGCCCGGAAGGAUUUAAGUUAAGCGACAAGUGGAACUCGAUGACCUGCGUUGAUGUUCGGGAGGAACAGUGCUACGAUCGUUUCCGCAGAGGACAAUGCUUGGCGCCAAGGAUUGGAGAGAUGACUAGAAAACAUUGCUGCUGCACGAUGGGCAAAGCUUGGGGGAGAAACUGCGAGACUUGUCCGAGGGAACACUCGGAGGAAUUCAAGCGGCUUUGUCCUGAAGGCUCGGGGAGAGACGACACGGGGGUGGAUUUAAAUGAGUGUCUUUUUAUGCCUGACGCUUGCUCAGGUGGAGAUUGUAUUAACACUGACGGAUCUUUUAGAUGCGAGUGUCCUCCAGGGUACACUUUAGAUGAUACCGGGAGACGAUGCGUGGAUUUAAACGAGUGCUUGCACAACCAGAACAUCUGCGGGAAUGGAAGCUGCGCAAAUGUUGAAGGAGGGUUCGAGUGUUCCUGCGCGAACGGAUUCACGCCUGGGGUGAACCAAGUUUGUGAAGACAUUAAUGAAUGCUUGGAACUCGGGAACCAAUGCGCGUUCCGCUGCCACAACGCUCCGGGAUCUUUCAGGUGCAUUUGUCCGUACGGGUACAUCCUUGCUGCUGAUGGAAGACACUGCAUUGAUGUUGACGAGUGCUCGACGCCGGCGAAUAAUUGCAAGUUCCAGUGCAAGAACUUGAUCGGGUCUUUCAUGUGCAUUUGCCCGCCAGGGUAUCAGCAGAUUGGAAUGACUGAUGAGUGUAAGGAUGUUGAUGAAUGCGCGGUCAAUUCAGGGCUCUGCAGGAAUGGUCAGUGUAUUAAUCUGGAGGGAAGUUAUCAGUGCAGGUGCUAUGAGGGCUUUGAAAUGAGUGGAGAUGGAAAGUCUUGUGUUGAUAGGAGGGUUGGCUACUGCUUCUUGAGGACUGUUAGUGGAAGGUGCUCUGCUAGGACUUCGGAGUUGAAGACGGUGACCAAGGCUGAUUGUUGCUGCACUAUGGGAGCCGCCUGGGGACCUCAUUGUGAAUUGUGUCCCUCGAGGGACUCGGAUAAUUAUAAUGAACUUUGUUUGGAUAAAGGGUUCUCUGUUGAUGGACAGGAUAUUGAUGAGUGCACGGCUAUUCCUGAUUUGUGUCGGAAUGGAAUGUGCAUUAAUACUCUGGGGUCCUUUAGGUGUGUUUGUAAUAAGGGGUACAAGGCUGAUAAAGCUGGAACUCAUUGUUUAGAUGUUAAUGAAUGCGAACUGACUCCCAGUCCUUGUAAAUUUAAUUGUCAAAACACGGAAGGUAGUUUCAGUUGCUCGUGUCCAGUUGGGUUUAUUUUGAAUCCUGACGGCGUUGGCUGUCGCGAUCUUGAUGAAUGCGCUACUGGAAAUCAUCUUUGUCAGCAAAAGUGUAUCAAUACUGAAGGAAGCUAUACUUGCGCGUGUAGAGAUGGAUAUACUCAACAUGGUGAUGCUUGUCAUGAUAUUAAUGAGUGUGAUGAAGCUGGAACGUGUCCAAAACCAGGAACCUGUAUCAAUACUCUAGGAAGUUUCAAGUGUAUUUGCCCUCGUGGCUUCAAAUUAGACCGCACUGGACGUUUCUGUACGGACAAUAAUGAAUGUGCCGAUGACAGUAAUUGUGAACAUGGCUGUCAAAAUUUAAUGGGAGCAUUUAGAUGCAAUUGUCCAGAAGGAUUUAUCCAACAUUUAUAUUACAACCAAUGUAUCGACGAAAACGAGUGCAAUAAUUCACCUUGUGGAGAUAGUGUUUGUAUAAAUACUAUAGGAAGUUAUAAAUGUGGAUGUCCAGACCAUUAUCAGUUUGAUAAUGAUUUACAGAUUUGUGUUCAAGUCAGUCCAGGAUGUUUUGGAAGCCCUUGUGCUUUCGGAUGCACAUCCAGCGGGUCCAGUAAUUUCUUAUGCGGUUGCCCAUCAGGUUAUCAGCGUAUUGGACAGGGUCACUGUCUUUCUACGAUAAAUCCAAUAGCUACUGGUAAUUAUGGAGAAGAAAUAGGAAAUGUACCAACAUUUGUUAUUGGUCCAGAUCCUUAUCAUAUACCUCCAGCUGGUGAUAAAAUUAUUUCUUCUGAAGGUUGCUUCUCUUGUAAGCUCAAUGGAAGAGAAAGACAAAGAAGAGGAACAAAAUUACAAGCUAAUCAAACAAUUAAUGCUAAUUAUUCAAAACUUAGACACACUAGAGGAUUAAAUAGGAGAACACCUUUAAUGAGACGCUCAGCAAGACACCAUCAUGGAGAAAUAUAUACCAUGAAGAUGACAUUACGUCAGACAAAACAUAAAAUGAGGAUCAUUAAAUUACAGCCAGCAAUUAAAAAUGAAAAAAUGGAAUAUUCGAUAGUAAAAGGCAACAAAAACAACCAAUUCGAAUUGGUCAAGGACCGCGGUGGCAUUUGGGGCCUCCAUUUCAAGAGUCGUCUCAAAAGGUCGGGUGAGUUCCGCGUGGUAAUUCACGGGGUGCCGGCCAACGGAAUCACUGCUGCUAACGAAGUAUGGGAAAAGCCUCUGACAUUUAGAGUACACAUUGUCGUCACGGAUUGAGUAAAAAAAAAAAAAAAAAAAAAAACAAAAUAAAUUAUAAUUAUUAA